AUGACCUCGAUAGGUACAGGCUACGAUCUCUCCAACUCCGUCUUCUCGCCCGAUGGCCGCAACUUCCAGGUCGAAUACGCAGUGAAGGCGGUAGAGAAUGGUGGCACCGCGAUUGGUAUACGGUGCAGGGAUGGCGUUGUGCUCGCAUUAGAGAAGCUGGUCACCAGCAAGCUGCUCAAGAAGGACGCGAACAAGCGGAUAGCUACAGUCGACCGGAAUAUGGGAGUGGUCCACUCCGGCCUCUUACCUGAUGGCAGACACUUUGUAUCACGCGCGCGCGACGAAGCAUCAAGCUGGCGCAGCACAUACAAAGCACCAAUUCCAGUCUCUUCCCUCGCGAACCGCAUGGGCGCCUACGUCCAAGCCUACACUCUCUACUCAUCAGUACGACCAUUCGGCAUUACAGCAAUCAUCGGUGGAUGGGACGCAGAGACCGAGGUGGAUGUCGACGGCGCCGUUGGCAGUGGACCAAAGUCCGGCUCAGGCGGCAAGACGAAGGGUGUGAAAGAGGGCGGACCAUACCUAUACAUGAUCGAGCCAUCAGGUCUGUACUGGGGAUACUACGGUGCCGCAACAGGCAAGGGCCGACAAGCGGCCAAGGCGGAGCUGGAGAAGCUGAAGCUGGAUCCCAAGGACGGCGAAUGCAUCAGCCUGGAGGAGGGAGUCAAGGAGGCGGCGAGAAUCAUCUAUGUUGCGCACGAGGACAGCAAGGACAAGGACUUCGAGCUGGAGCUGACUUGGAUCAGCGCAGUCAACGGACCGACCAAGGGACGGCAUGAGGAGGUGCCCAAGGCGCUUCGCGAGGAGGCCGAGCGACUCGCUAAGGCUGCGCUGGAAGGCGACGAUGACGAGGAAGAUGGCAAGAUGGAGGAGUAA